UUUAUAUAGCUACCUACCUAAUUCACAUUCAGAUCUUAAAGUAACUUUUAACUGGCCGCAUGUUCUCGUCGGUUAUCUCCCCAAAUGAUUUGUAUUUCUGCACAAAGUCAUCGUUUUAAAAAGUGUUCCCCAGGUUUAAAUCUGAAAUUUCAACAUCUUCUUAAUUUAUUCAUAAUGAUGUGUUCUUAAUGACGGGGGUGAAAUAUGUGAAAGUUUAAAGUGCAACUGAAUUAAUUUGUUUGUAAAAAAUAAUACCUCCGAAUAAGUGAAUUGUGAAUAUAUAAAGAAAUAAAAUAUCAACAUUAUUUAAUAUAAUUUUUUUAACAAGAUCUAGAGGUACCUACCCCGUACUCUUUUAAAAGUUUAUUUUAUUUUAUUGUAUUUGUUUGUGGCUUUGCGGUCUCUUUGUGAUUAUUUAAUAAACUACAUGUGUUUAUAUACAAAUGUAGAUAGGUGUGUAUAUGAAUGGAACUUAAUGUUUUUCAAGGCCAAAGCAGAACCACUUAAAUGACUUUGCAGCUUCGGACGACAUCAUCUUCAUCUUUAUAAAACUUUAGUGUGUUCAUUAUUUCAACGGUGCGACAAAGGGAUUAGUGGCUUUAUUUCACACAUUUAGAGUUCUUGUGACGAAUAAAAUGACCACCACCAAUACAUCCGUGGAGUUGGAGUCAGCAUCAUCAAACCACAAUCCCAAUGAUUUAAACACGUCAUCGAGUACCCAAAAAGCAGCUAUAGCAGAACGUUAUGAUAAAAGUGAAAAUUUUCGCAUUACAAAAAAUGUAGUCAUUAUUGGACUGGCUUUCAUGGUACACUUCACUGCAUUCCAUGGGACAUCGAACCUACAAAGUUCAGUCAAUUCAGAUGCCGCAUUAGGAACAACGACCUUGGCGGUCAUUUAUGGUUCGCUUAUAUUGUCCAAUAUAUUUUUACCAGUAACCGUUAUUAGAUGGUUUGGAUGUAAAUGGACAAUAGCUCUAUCUUUCAUCGCAUACAUGCCAUAUAUAGCUGCUCAGUUUUACCCGCGUUUUUACACAUUUAUCCCAGCUGCAUUAGGAGUUGGGUUCGGGGGUGGACCUUUAUGGUGUGCGAAGUGUACUUAUCUCUCCAUUGUUGCAGAGGCAAUGACCCGCGUUGUUGGAAAUGACAGCGUACAAGACGUUAAUGUUGUCCGUUUCUUUGGAUUAUUUUUUGUGUUUUACCAGAUGGCACAAGUUUGGGGUAAUCUCAUUUCAUCGUCGGUUUUGUCCUUUACGGCGGCAGGAGAAUCCAAUAAUAUUGUAUCAAACUUUACUGCUGCCAGUAAAAGUAGAGUAGCUGAACUUUGUGGAGCAAAUUUUUGUCCAGGAGUUGAUGCUAACAUUAAUCCAAAUUUAAUUCCACCAGAAUCGGAGAAAAUACAAAUGUUAUCCGCCAUAUUUUUGUGCUGUAUGGUUAUAGCUUGUUUAUUGAUUAUUUUUGGAGUCGAUUCAUUAAAGAGAUAUGGAAUGGAUCGGCAAGAAGCAGGCAAAGGGCUUUCAGGCUGCAAACUUUUGUCAGUAACAAUUAAAUUACUUUCAGAGCAUUAUCAGAUAUUAUUGUUGCCAAUUACAAUGUUUAUUGGUUUGGAAGAAGCAUUUGUUGCUGUUGAUUUCACCGCAUCUUUUGUCGCUUGUGGUUGGGGUAUAUCUCGAAUUGGUUUUGCAAUGAUUUGUUUUGGAAUAGCAAACGCCAUAGCGGCAGGAGUUGCUGGAGCUUUGGCCAAAUUGGUGGGACGACUUUCAAUUAUGUUAACAGUAUUCACAAUUCAUGUAUGUCUAUUGAUAUGGAUGCUUCAAUGGCAAGCUGUUGAAGGGGACUAUGUUACUUACUGUGCAAUGGCUGCUAUUUGGGGUAUUUGUGAUGGCAUUUGGUUGGUAAAUGUUAAUGCCUUUACCGGAAUUCUAUUUCCGGGAAAAGAAAUUGCAGCAUACAGUAAUUUUCGCUUGUGGGAAUCAACCGGUUCAGUCAUAGGGUACAUCAUUAGUCCAUUACUUUGUACAUCAAUGAAACUCAAAUUACUUCUCUUGGUUAUGAUUGUUGGACUCUUAGGAUACGGCACUAUUGAGUACAUGGAAAGACAAGAAAAAGGCCUAGUUGAUAGAAGGAACGUUGAACUUGUUGAACAAAGAGAAGAACGAAAGAACACAACUUACAUGUAACUUAUUUAAAAAUAAAUAAUGAAUGUUCAAGAAUUUUUUGUUUGA